AUGACGACCCCGAUACCCCAGCCGCCUGCAAUUCCGUUUCUAGGAAACCUUACGAAUAUCGAGAAGGAAGUUCCCUUGCGAUCUUUCGAACUGCUGGCAAAGCAGUAUGGAGAUAUCUAUCGAUUGAACGUUCUCGGAAGAGAGAUCGUGGUCGUGACCAGCUAUAAGCUCGUUAACGAGGUUUCGGAUGAAAAAAGGUUCCACAAAUCUGUUUCCGCCCCCCUUCGUGAAGUGCGAAAUCUAGUGGGAGAUGGGUUAUUCACUGCAUUCCAAGGAGAGCCCAACUGGGCCAUUGCUCAUCGCCUGCUUAUGCCCGCAUUUGGAGCGGCUUCCAUUCGGGGCAUGUACGACGAUAUGGUGGACAUCGCAUCGCAAUUGUUGCUGAAAUGGGAGAGAUUUGGUCCGAAUCAAUCAAUUGACCCCGCGGAAGAUUUCACGCGUUUAGCUUUGGAUACCAUCUGUCUCACUUCCAUGUCGUAUCGCCUGAACUCCUUUUACACAGAUGAUGUUCCAAGCUUCGCAAAAUCCAUGUUCAGCUUCCUCAAGGAAUCGAACAUGCGUGCCAAUCGCCCUUCGUUAAUCCAGGCGAUUAUGUCGGGUACCAACGCAAAGUACCAAGAGGACAUUAACGCUAUGACAGGACUUGCGGACCAAAUUGUGGCGGAGCGCAAGGCGAAUCCGAUAGACAAGAACGAUCUGUUAAAUAAAAUGUUGCUGGGUAGGGAUGCCAAAACGGGCGAAGGGCUGUCGGAUAAAGCCAUCACAAAUAACUUGUUGACCUUCCUCAUCGCUGGACACGAGACAACUUCAGGAACCCUCACGUUCAUCUGCUACUACUUACUCAAAAACCCCGAAUGUAUGCGAAAGCUCCGCGAAGAGGUGGACGACGUGUUGGGCGAUCAGCCCGUCCAACUGGGCGAUCUCAGCAAACUGCCGUACCUCGUUGCCGUUAUGCGCGAGACAUUGCGCCUUGUGCCUCCCGCAACGAUCCGCACUAUGACACCGAACGAAGAUACGACACUGGGUGACGGAGCAUAUGCCGUCAAAGCUGGUGUCAGUAUCGCUAUCCACACCGCAUGGGCGCAGAAGGACCCUGCGGUAUGGGGAGACGACGGGGAUGCAUUCAGGCCUGAAAGGAACCUUGACGGAAAGUUUGAAGCACUUCCGCCAAAUGCCUGGCAACCGUUCGGUUUCGGUAUGCGCGCCUGCAUCGGCCGUGCCUUUGCUUGGCAGGAGAUUCUCAUCCUCAUGGCGAGCAUCGUCCAGAAGUUCGAUCUCGUCAUGGAUGACCCCUCCUAUGAUUUGCGACUGAAGCAAGCGCUCACCAUCAAACCAGAUGGGUUCUAUAUCCGCGCAAUUCCCCGCGCUGGGAAACAUGCCUUGGUCGCUCCACGCUCGUCUACUUUGUUGUCGCAUGGGACCGCUGUUUCAAAGCCUGUGUCGGUCUCCAACAAUGGCGCGCAGAAGCAGCCAUUGUAUGUGUUAUAUGGGUCAAAUACGGGUACCGCAGAGUCAUUCGCGCAAAGGAUCGCCAGCGAAGCUCCUACGCAUGGUUUCAAGGCUACUUUGGGCACCCUUGACUCGGCCACUGAGCACAUUCCUACGGAUGGUCCCGUGAUAAUAGUGACUGCAUCUUUUGAAGGUAUAUUUGAAAUUGAACUUAGGCAACCUGCGGACAAUGCUGCUCACUUCGUGGAAUGGCUAACAAGUACCAAAGGCAACGAGCUCGCUAACGUUAAGUUCGGCAUCUUCGGCUGCGGCAACUCAGAUUGGGUGCAGACAUACCAGCGUAUCCCGACGCUUGUCGACGACCUUUUCGAGAAGCAUGGCGGACACCGCUUGAUUGAGCGCGGCGUCGGUAAUGCAGGCGCUGGUGACUUUUUCGAAGCCUUCGAUGAAUGGGAGGCUGGGUUAUGGCCGAUUUUGGCGAGCGAGUACCAAACAACGCAAUCAAAAUCUGUUGUAGGACUGCAGAUCAAGACCAUCGAUGAGGGUACUGUCCGCGCCACGGCUCUGCGUCAGCCAGAUGCUGCACUCGGCACUGUCGUUGAGAAUAGAUUGCUGACUUCUGCCACUGCUCCUGCUAAGCGGCAUAUAGAAUUCAAGUUGCCUAAGGGUGCAACGUACGGAGCGGGUGACUACUUGGCCAUCUUGCCAAUCAAUCCCAUACGUGACGUUCGUCGUGCAAUCGCUCGGUUUGGUCUUUCCGCAGAGCAGGAGAUCAUCAUCACAUCUGCAGGACCCACGCCUCUUCCAGUCGAUAAGCCAACGAGCAUCUUUACUAUUCUCUCUGGAUAUGUCGAGCUCUCGCAGCCUGCUACCUCGCGUGACCUCCGUGUUCUCACUGAAGCCACAGAGUCGGAACCGACUUUAGCUAAGCUCAAGGAACUCACUUCCAGCUAUCAAACCAAAGUGCUUGCGAAGCGGCUCAGCAUCUUAGACAUCCUGGAAGCUCAUCCUGAUAUUGAGCUGCCCUUCAGCACCUUCUUGCACAUCUUGCCGUCCAUGCGCAUUCGGCAGUACUCCAUCUCCUCCUCUCCGCUUUGGCACCCAGACCGCGUGACGCUGACGAUCAGCGUCCUCGACGCGCCUGCGAUGUCUGGUCGGACGGAGCCGUUCUUAGGAGUCGCGUCGACGUAUUUGGCAGAUCUCAAGCCUGGAGACCGAGUACAAUUGAGCGUGCGCGCGUCGGCUGCCGCGUUCCACCCUCCUGCAGACCCGACAGUCCCGAUGGUUAUGUUCUGCGCCGGCUCGGGCCUGGCUCCUAUGCGCGGAUUCAUUCAAGAGCGAGCGGCCCAGAAGCAGUCUGGUCGCGAUGUCGGCUCUAUCUUGCUGUUUUUUGGGUGCCGAAACCCGAGCGAUGAUUACUUGUAUUCUGACUCAGAUCUCGCAGAGUGGGUGAAACUCGGCGUUGUGGAUGUGCGUCCUGCGUUUUCGAGGGCGUCGGACCAGUCACUUGGCUGCAAGUACAUCCAAGACCGGAUCUGGCAUGAUCGCGCAGAUAUCUCUGAAGCCUUCAAGAAGGACUCCAAGGUAUGUGUAGGAUAUACGCCAGCCUCGCUCUCUGAACUGACUUUGUUGCAGUUCUUUACUUGUGGUUCUGGGAAAAUCGCGGUCGCGGUCAAAGAAAAACUCAUAGAGAUCAUCAAGGAUGGAGGAAAGACAGCGCCGGAGGAAGCAGUGGAGACAUUCGAGAGAAUUUCCAAGGGUAGAUAUGCAACUGAUAUAUUCGAGUAA